AUGAAAAGGUUUUUUGAUCGCUUCUAUAGUGCCACCGGUAUUAUUGCCGACUCGAGUCAACGCGGCGUCGCCAGUCGUGUAAGCUCCUUGCUAGUGCAGGGAACAGUGGCCUUUUCGUUGCUUGGCACACUCGGCGUUGACACCACUCCCCUUGUCGCUGCUGCAGGUGUAACGGGGGCCACUAUUGGGUUUGCCUGUAAGGAUUUUGGCUCCAACUUUGUCGCGAGCAUUGUGCUGAGCGGUCAACAGUCGCUUCGAACAGGCAAUUGGGUUUCCAUUGGAACAGGCAUCGCCGCUGUCAAGGGGGAGGUGGUGGACUGGGACACACGCUACUUGUACCUGCGCAGCUCAGAGGGCCACCUGUUGCACAUCCCCAACAACAUGGUUCUCAACUCUGUGGUGACGUGGGAGAAUGAAAAGAAGCACCAACUGCCUCAAACAAACUCCGCGAAGGAGAAAUCCGAACAGGCAUCUGGAGGCAGUGCGGUCAAGUAG